CUAUAUUUUCGCCCCACGCCACUCAACAACGGAAUAUGCCUGCAGUUGCAACACCUCUUAGGUCCCUUCCCACCCUUCAGAAACUUGGAAGCACGGUCGACCGCAACCUCAAUGCUCAAGCCGUUGCUAAAGAAUGGUUCCUGGGCUUUGCAGAUGCUAUGAGUUGUGGAAAUUAUAUACGGAUUGCAAGUCUACUUGGAAGUGAUGCCAUUCAACAGUUUAUUGCAGAUCAAAUGCCGAAAUUUAAACCCUUCGCAUUCAAGAUUCGCAAUGACCUUAUACGGUUACAUGUACCCUACGAGGACAUCGUAUGUAUUCAAGCAUUCUUCGACUUCGAGACCACUGUGGGGCACGCAUCGGGUAUUUUCCGACUUGUCCCGAUGGCGGAUGGUUCGUGGAAGGCGCAUACGGUGUUCACGAACCUCGAGGAUCUUAGGGGAUUCCCUGAGAAGAUUGGAGCGCUAAGAGAUAACGAACCGUACCAUAAAAAGUGGAUUGAAUCAAGGGAAAGAGAGCGUGAAUUCCUCGAUGAGGAACCAGGUGUUGUUAUUAUAGGGGGUGGGCAGAGCGGGUUGACUGUUGCCGCACGCCUGAAGGCGCUCGGUAUCAACGCUCUCGUAGUCGAACGAAAUAAACGUAUUGGCGACAAUUGGAGGAACAGGUACGCAGUUCUUUGUGUGCACGACACUGUGUGGUAUGACCAUCUCCCUUACAUGCCAUUCCCUUCUUUGUGGCCUAUUUAUCCGCCUGCAGCCAAACUCGGGGAUUGGCUCGAGACCUACGCUCAUUCUCUUGAACUAAACGUGUGGACGUCUGCCGAGGUGGUCUCGGUCGAUCCGGGUACGCAGGGAAAGAAGUGGUCUGUCAAGGUAGUCCGCUGCGAUGGAAGGGAACGUGUCUUCCAUGUAAAUCACGUCGUGCUCGCUAUGGGCUUUGGAAGUGGCCUGCCCAACAUACCCAACAUUCCUUGUCAAGACGAGUUUAAGGGGCAGAUUUUACACUCGAGUCAACACAAGCGGGCAACGGACCACCUAGGGAAGAAGGUCGUAGUCAUUGGUGCAUGCACAUCAGCUCAUGACAUCUGUGCUGACUACGUUGACCAUGGUGUCGACGUCACGAUGGUCCAGCGAAGUUCAACCUACGUAAUGUCAGCGAAAGAGGGGAUUCCAAGAUUGACGGGUGGGCUUUAUCUCGAGAAUGGCCCUCCUACAGACAUCGCCGAUCGCAUAAACGCGUCAUUCCCAAACUUCCUCCUUAAACUCGUGCACCAACGGGUGGUGAAAGGUUUGGCUGAGGCCGACAGGGACACCUUGGAUGGUCUCCGCAAGGUGGGAUUCAAGCUGAACAUGGGAGAAGAUGAUUCCGGACCAGUUCAGUUCAUUUGGAAGAGGGGUGGAGGUUACUACUUUGACGUCGGGGCAUCGCAGAAGAUCAUCGAUGGGGAAAUCAAACUCAAAAGCAACGGCAGUAUUACCAGGUUCACACCGAACGGACUGCUAUUUGAGGAUGGCUCAACCCUUGAUGCGGAAGUAGUUAUCUUGGCCACUGGCUACGCGGAUGGGCGUACUGCAUACCUGCGGUUGUUGCCAGGUCACUUGCAUGAUGCGGUCCAACCUAUUUGGGGUCUCGACGAUGAAGGAGAAUUGUACUCCGUAGCGCGUGAAGUGGGAGGACGGGGGCCUCAGGCCCAGAAAGUCGCUGGGCUAUGGGCAAUGUUAGGCAAUUUGGCCAUGUGUCGAUUCCACUCCAAGCACGUCGCGCUGCAAAUCAAGGCUUACGAGGAAGGUAUAUUUGGCGAACGGUACUAAGAUGCUGGCCUUCUCCUUGAUCAUGAGUCACUCCAGAGUAAUAUUCGUCGGAGGUCUGCAUCGUGAAUAUUGGUCGUAUGUUCUAUCAAAAGUUUUCCUCCUCGAAUCUUCAACUUGAUAGAAGAUAGUCAUUCGUCCGGACAUCAGAAUUAUUAAACAGGAUGCGGACCCUAGGUUGAAUCCUUUCUUCAACUUUUAGCAGCCAUGCUGCUUGCUACUUUUCGCUGAAUCGCGUACCUAGCACUGGCCUUGUCACUGCCUGCAGUAUACAACGGUGAAAAAGCGACUUCAUUAACUCCCAAGUUAAGUUUUCACUUGUUCAA